GUUGGAAAUAUCGACAAGAUGAUCGAUCCUCGAGCAAGAAUUGAAUCGAAUCUCGAUUCAGCUCAGUCGAACAUCGCCCAUUCCCGGUUGGAGUUGCCCUUUGUCGCGGCGGCGAUGCGCUGCACAUCACCGCGCAUUAACGCGUUGAUUCUCGUGGAGGAUGUUCGUUGCGUGGUAGCAAUUCGUCGCGUGUUCGCCGCACAUCAGAAGUAAGUCACCGACGAUCACACGACGAUGACCGGCACCGGCAACGAGGACUUCGCCGCCUUUAAUUCCAUAUCCGACCCAGGAAAGGCCAACACCAGCACAGCGGGCCCAGUAGUUUUAUAUUCGACCGCCUUGGCAUGGCGAAUUCAGUUCCAUCGCAGUCUUACGCGCGGCAGCAUCUCGGAGUCGUCGGACGAGGAGGAGGAUUUGUCCCAAUAUCAGUUUGAGGACGACCUCGAUUUCCUUCGGUCACUGGACCCAAGGGACUGGAAGGAUCAGGAUCAUUACGCUGUUCUAGGCUUGAAGAAUCUCAGACAUAGAUCCACGGAAGAUAUUAUCAAGAGAGCUUAUAAGCAGAAGAUCUUGAAACAUCAUCCUGAUAAACGCAAGGCAAUGGGCGAGGAAAUUCGACCAGAUGACGACUAUUUUACAUGUAUAACACGAGCUUGGGAGAUUCUGGGUAACCAAGCAAAGAGACGGAGCUACGACAGUGUUGAUCCUUACUUUAACGACAAUCUGCCGGAAGAAAAGGACUGCCGGAAUAAUUUCUAUGAGGUAUUGGGCAAAACGUUCAAAGAGAACUCACGGUGGUCUGUGAAGAAACCCGUGCCACAAUUAGGUGGUCCUUUCACGCCGCGAGACAAGGUGGAAAAAUUUUAUUCGUUUUGGUAUGACUUCGACUCGUGGCGCGAGUACUCAUACCUCGACGAAGAAGAUAAGGAAAGCGGUCAAGACCGAGACAUGCGUAAAUGGAUCGAGAAGAAGAACAAAGCAACGAGAGCUAAACGAAAGAAAGAGGAGAUGGCACGGAUACGCACUCUAGUGGAUACGGCUUACAAUAUAGAUCCUAGGAUAAAAAAAUUCCAGCAGGAUGACAAAGAUAAGAAAAAUGCCGCGAAGAGGGCGAAGCAAGAAGCUGCGAAAGCCAGGCAACAAGAAGAAGAAAGAAUAGCCAAGAACGCGGCAGAGAAGGAGAGGUUGGAGAAGGAGAAGAGGGAAACUGAGGAGAGAGCGAAGAUGGAGGCGUUGAAACAAGAGCGAGAGGCGCAAAAAAAAGCGCUGCGCAAAGAGAGGAAGGCGCUUAGGGACUUCUGCAAAGCGAACAAUUACUUCGCCGAGAGCUCAACAGAGAAUAUUCGGCACAUGGAGAGUGUGGAGAAGAUUUGCGAGCUAUUCAAGCUGGUGCAGCUGGAGGAAGCGAUGAAGAAGCUGCACACUGACGGCAGAAGCGCGUUCCUCAGCAUCGUUGAGGAAACUGAGCGGCAUAUCGAAGCAGAGCGUCGAGUGAACGUGAUGAACAACGACGCGAGAAACACACCAGAGAAACAAACCAAGACGUGCACUGCUCCUUGGAGCGAGAAUGACCUGCAGCUGCUGAUCAAGGCGGUCAAUCUGUUCCCCGCCGGCACCAAUCAACGUUGGGACGUGGUGGCAAAUUUCAUCAACCAGCACAGUAGUUCCACCAACGGGGUCACUCGCGAAGCUAAGGAAGUCUUGGCAAAGGCCAAGAGCUUACAGUCAACCGACUUCAGUAAAUCGAGUCUGAAGGAGCAAGCAAACAAGAGGGCCUUUGAUAACUUCAUCGCGGAGAAGAAGAGCAAGGAGGCAAUUGAGGAGAGAAUGCCAGCCGUUACAGAACGCCUGGAUCACCCGAUUGCAAAUGGUGUUGCGACAGAAUCCAAGGAAUCGAAGAAGGAGCCAUCGCCGUGGACACCGGCGGAACAGAAGCUCCUGGAGCAAGCGCUGAAAACUUAUCCCACCACGGUUCCGGACAGGUGGGAUCAGAUUGCAGCGUGUCUACCCACUAGGACGAAAAAGGAGUGCAUGAGAAGGUACAAGGAACUAGUGGAAUUGGUGAAGGCGAAGAAGGCGGCGCAGGUGAUGAAAUAAUAUUAGCUGCGCGCUAAGCCGAAAUUUCCUCAUAAUUUAUUGAACUCUAGUUUGCGAGCGAUCGCGAUCCGACGAUCGAUCGUUCCCCGACGCAUAAAUGGAUGGAUUAUAAUCGCAAAAUUCGUGACUGGGCGACUACCUUAGCUUCGAUUGAGUGCCAGUUCGCGCGCAUAUCUGUGCCUUGCUACAGUCGACACGUGCACGAGCUGCACGGAGCAUACGGGAACAGCUCGACGAGGUGUCCCCCCGUGACGUGGUCAUCACUUGAAAUCACCACCGUGGCACCGUAUUUUAUUCCUAUGCGCUGCGCGAUGGAUGUACCUCCGAAACCGUGCUGCCGAUCAUUAACUUCCAUGCGCAGAAGCUUGCAACCUAGAAGGGAAUCGUGUAAUUUUCCUUUUGCAAGAUGUGGUUUCACAACCGACCUACACUUGGUGUACGCACUGUAAGAUAGAGAGAAACUGCUGCCAGCCGUCGAGAGGAGAUGAAAAGGACGAAAGGAAAGGAUUGAGAGACAGAGAAAACGGCGGACUUUAUAAAAAUAAACGAGAAGAUUUUAAGAGAUAC